AAGACAAUCCUACCUACACAUGCACAUGACCCACACUUUAUAAAACGAAAAACAGAACUAUUGACUUCACAGUUUAGUCAAGGAAAGAUACAAACACCCAGUAAAUAUCGUAAAGAAUUAACGAGGCAGUUAUGGAAUAAUCAUCAAAAUUGCCACAUUCCACAACACCCUCAUUUUUAAUGGCAAACCACUUCAGACGUCACCACUCGCCCUUGCAGCCCUUCAACUGCGAAAACACAAAUCUUGAAUUUUAUCACUGCAGUGAUUGCAACUUCCGCACAGAAUUGUUAUUCCAUUUUAAACAACACCGUCACAGCAGCGACCUCUCAAAAGAAGCAUUCACCAUUCAAAAAUAUAUUUGUGACAAAUGUAGCUUUGAAACUCAUUUCUUGAUCAAGUGGCUUCAACACAUUACAGUAUGUCCAGAAAAAAACUUCAAUGGAAACGUGUGGUACAACUGCGAUCACUGUACUUACAGAUAUACAACGAAAGAUUCUCUAAAGAAACACACUAUUUUAAAACACUUGAAAGAUGAACAACUGCUUUGGUAUCACUGCACCAGUUGUCCAUACAAAGCUAAACAAAAAUAUUAUUUGAAAAGCCACAUACACACGCAUCAUUUGGACAGACAGUAUAUUAUUUGGCAUGAAUGUGACAAGUGUCCAUACAUAGGUAAAAGAAACUCAGAUUUACAAAAACACAUAAAGGCGCAUCAUUUGGAUGCAAAAGACAUCGAAUGGUAUGAAUGUAAGCAAUGCCCAUAUAAAGCUAAAGGAAACUCAACCUUAAAAAGACACAUAAGCACACACCACGUGAAUCGCCCGGAUAUUAAGCAGUACGAAUGUGACAAGUGCCCAUACAAAGCUAAACAACAGUCAGAUUUGAAAAAACACACAAAUAACCGACAUUCAGAUAACCAAAACGUUAAAUGGUACGAAUGCGAGAAGUGUCCAUUUAAAGCUAAAAAUACGUCGUCGUUAAACAGACACGUAAAUUCGCAGCAUUUGAAUGAAGAAAAUGCCAAGUGGUACGAAUGUAAAGAGUGCCCAUACAAAGCUAAAGAUGUUUCUAAUUAUAAAAGGCACGUGAUAGUGCGGCAUUUGGACGAACAAGAUAUUAAAUGGUAUGAAUGUGAACAGUGUCCAUACAAAACUAAAAGGAAUUAUCAUUUAAAAAGUCACAUAAACACCCAACAUUUGGAUAGGGAAAGUAUUAAAUGGUAUGAAUGCGAAAAGUGCCAAUUUAAAGGUAAACACAAGUCGUCGUUAAAUAGACACAUAAAUGCGCAGCAUUUGGAUGAGGAAAAUGUUAAGUGGAAUGAGUGUGAAGAGUGUUCAUUUAAAACUAAAUAUAAGACUAAUUUGAGAAAUCACGUCAAGACAAUUCAUUUGAAAGAAGAGGAAAUAAUAUGACUUCAAGUUUUUAUAUUCCCGUUUUGUCCUUUUAUUUUAUUAAUUUUUUUUACGAUUUUGGAAACUCGUUCAUUUUGUCAUUAUUUAUUAUUUAUUAAACGCAACAGUAAUAAAUGU